GGUAGGUUGGUGAUGUCGUGUGCAGCCGUGUGUGCUUGCGUCGUGCAUUGUUUCUAAGGAGAUUUGAUGAAUUGCAUGUACAAGGCUUGGUUUGUCAUACACUGGGUUGUUUGGCCUGUCGGUUGCCUGCGAUAUCAACGAACCCGUGGGUUUUUGUGCUGUUCUAAAAUUUAUUGUUUCGUGCGGUAUAUCUUGAUGGAUAUUGAUCAGUCAUGCAUUUUAAUAUUGCUUUGUUUACUGAAUUAUCUUGAAAUAGUUGUGACAUAGAUGGAUGCUAAUUGAUCUAGCCUUUUUUGAAGUUCACAGCAGGUAGUCAAUGCGACAGGAAGCAGUGCAGACGUUAGUGGAAUUUUUGGUGAAGUAAUGCUUGGAAGGCGUUACUUCAGCUGGGAGGAAUUUGAGAAAGCAUUAGAAGAAUUUCAAAAAGUGAGGAAGUUAUUUAAUGCUAACAAUGUAGUUGUCCUGCACUCACUACGUCCGUAUUCAGAGCAAAAGAAUAGCGGUUGAUAUAUUCAAGUACGCAUGUGUUGGUUUUAAAUGUACUUUUGGAGUGCAUCGUGUAAAGCCUGGCUUAAAAUUGAGAAACAAGUCGUAAGAAGAAUUAUACUAUGCUAUUAUGAAUAUUUAAGGUCUAAAUGUUGCAAUUGUCCUUCUUCGAUUCGGGUGGUUUUGCAUAUUAGUGAAUACGUAAUUACUGCUCACAAAAUGGUGCAUAACCAUCCAUGCGAUAGGGUGUACAUGCAGAAUGACCCCUGGUAUAGAAGACUAACAGUAGAAGAGAAAGAAAACUUGGAACCCCUUCUUCAGCAAUCGCACUCAUCCGAUGAAAUAGUUGCGCAUGUUAAGGAAAAAUUCCGCUAGGAUAUAACUCGUAGUGACGUUAAAAAUAUGAAAGCCGUAGUUAAUAAAGGUAUGUCGAGCCGUCGUGACAUUUUUGAUUUCCUGAAAUGCCGUGGGAAGUUAAUGGAGUAUUACUCAGAUGGACCUACGCGGAAUUCACUAACAAGAGUCUGUUUUUCAACUAAUGAGCAAAUCCAGUUGUAUAAACAGUUCCCGGAGGUUGUCGGUAUUGACUCUACAUAUAAUACGAAUAAAGGGAAGUAAGUUUACCAAUUCAUUAAUCAACAUGCAGGUAUUCAUUGUUCCAAUUACUUGUGACGGAUAAUUUUGGUCGUGGGCGACCAGUGUUAUUCGCUUGGACUCGAAAGGAAUUCAAGCGUGAUGUAGUAUGGAUUUUGGACUCAUUUGGUCAAAUAAUGGAAGAUACAUCUAAAACUGAGACAUUUAUUAUGGACUGUGCGCAAUGUAAAUUAGGAGCAGUGAAGUUAACGCACAGGCAAGCGCACAUUGUGCUCUGUUCUUUCCAUGUUUGUCGUGCAUUCUGUCGUAAAACACGGAAUCCCAUUGUUAAGAACUAUUUAUGUCGCUUAGUUCAGUGUAAAAGUAGAUCAGAAUUUAAUUUCUAUUAUAGAGUUAUAAGCAGAUUGGAUGUUCGUGUCAGUCAAUAUAUACAGCGUCGUUGGAUGAGUAGACGAGAAUUGUGGGCAGCAGCUUUCAGAGAUCACGUGCUGACUUAUGGUAAUGCUACUAAUAAUCGAGUAGAAAGUUCACACAGGCAAGUGAAGCGGUACUUGCAAAGGUCAGACAGUCUGCAGAAAAGCAUGCUGAAGGUUUAUAAAUGGUGUGAACGAAGUUAUUCCAGAAUUCAGCAGGAGUCGAUGAUUGCUCGGUCGCGAUGCCUCACGUAUUCAUGUUCACAACGUUUAAUACCAAUCCUUCGACUGCUGACACCAUACGCUGCCAGAAAAGUGAUACUUGAAUAUGAAAAGCGGCGAUGGGCUUCGGUGGAGGUUGAAACUUCCGACUACGUCUUCUUCCAAGACCAUGAGAGGAGAGUAGAGGUUGAUCUGCGUGCUUGUACAUGCACUUGUUUGACGUUUCAGACAUGUCGGUACCCCUGCAGGCACUUGCUGUUGGUCCAUUUCAGAAAGCCGUGUUUUACAGUCAAUCAUGUGCUUCAGAAAUGUAAACACUGGACGUGGUCACGCGACUCAUGCGCAUCUCAAAGCAUUUCCGCAGUUGUCCCUCGAAAUCCGUGUAACAUAGUGCAAACCCAAAGGAGGCUUUUUAAUGAGUGCCUGACAAGACUUACUGACAAAUUUGGAGAGGCGUUUGCCGCGAACAUCGCAGGAGACUGUAUCGCAUAUGUACAGCGUUUUCUUAAUAUGUAAACAAAGUAAUGUUGUCUUAUAAUAAAUAUGAACUUUUCAUAUAAAUCUUGUUGUCUUUCAAUUAAUGUGUUCGCUUUGUGAGCACGGCA